CGGCAGCGGGAGCGUUCGCAUGUGCUGCAGUCUGCUCGGCUCCGCGCUCUCUGGAUACAAGCCGAGCGCACGUCUCGCUUCAACUGGAACCGCGGAAAGGAUCGUAGCGGAGAAGGCGCGUUUGAAAGGAGCCUCGGGGCCAGGACAAUGUGAGAAUCAGGAGGGAAGGAGAUCUUUUGUGGAAGAGCUGCUCUUGGGGAAACAAAAAGAACAUCAAGAAGAAGCAGGGCGAGGUGACAGAGAGCAAUGAACCAUAGAACGCCAGGUAGCUGAGACUCGGGAAGAAGAUAUUCCUUUAUCUCCACCCUCUUACUUCCCUUCCUUCCUGAAGAGGCCGCUCAGGGUUUGAUCAGAGCCAAGCUGAGCACACACACUCACUCACACACUCUCUCACACACACACACACACUCACACAUCGACCGAUGGAGAGUCAGAUGAGAGCAGCGUGAAUGUCCAAAAAAGAUUCAGAGAGUGACAUAGGAGCAGAAAACAAAGGAAACAAAAACACCCAAACGCCGACGGACAUUACGGCGGAGUAGGCGAGGUUGGGAUUAAGGCCCCUUACCGUAAUCCUCACCGUAAUCUUUACCGUAAUCUUUACCAUAAUCCUCACCGUAAUCCUUACCAUAAUCCUUACCGUAAUCCUUACUGUAAUCUUUACCGUAAUACUUACCAUAAUCCUUACCGUAAUCUUUACCAUAAUCCUUACCAUAAUCCUUACCAUAAUCCUACCAUAAUCCUACCGUAAUCCUUACCGUAAUCUUUACCAUAAUCCUUACCAUAAUCCUUACCAUAAUCCUACCGUAAUCCUUACCGUAAUCUUUACCAUAAUCCUUACCGUAAUCCUUACCAUAAUCCUUACCGUAAUCCUUACCAUUACGCCGUCCCUGCUGUGAGACGAGACUCUGUUAAGACUACCAUAGCUCCCAGUAAACACAUCGCACAGACGCACCAACACCGGCUGCGGACCUCGGCCGCCCGGCACCCGCGCGGUAGAGCCGUCCAGAACCGGCAGGAUGAUGAGGGAAGGCGGGUGUCUUCGGUGGCCUGCGCUGGGCGUGGCCUGCGCUGCGCUCCUUCUCUUAGGGGCGGGGGCUCUGGAGUUCGGGCGUGCGCCGGGCCAGUGGGCACGCUACGGCCGCUGGGAGGCAGGCUCUGCAGGCGAGCUGAGCUUCAGCCUGAAGACCAACGUGAGCAAGGCGCUCGUCCUCUACCUGGACGACGGCGGUAACUGCGACUUCCUGGAGCUGCUGGUGGCCGACGGGCACCUGCGACUUGCGCUUCCAUUCCACUGCGCCGAGCCGGCGAGCGUGCGCUCCGAGACACUCGUCAACGACGACCGCUGGCACAUGGUCCUGCUCACGCGGAACUACCGCGAGACGGUCCUGAUGGUGGACGGCGAGACCGGGGCAGCCGAGGUGCGCUCCAAGCGGCGAGAGAUGGCAGUGGUGAGCGACCUGUUCGUGGGAGGCAUUCCCCCCGACGUGCGGCUCUCUGCCCUCACCUCCAGCACUGUGAAGUACGAGCCGCCCUACCUGGGCCUGAUCGCCAACCUGAAGGUGGGUGAGGUGCCCCCCACCCUGCUGAACAGUCAGGGCAUUCAGAGUGACCUGGAGUACGUCUGCAGCACGCAGAACCCCUGUCUCAACGGCGGCGUCUGUGUCAUCCAGUUCGGGGAGAUGCACUGCGACUGUUCGCACACACGCUUUCGAGGAAAAUACUGCAAGGAAGAACAGUUCUCCGUGGAAGGUCUGGCGCACCUGACACUAAGCAACCAAGGUGACACAUCCCAAGUGGCAGGUAAAGAUGAUUCGGUGGCUACCUUCAAAGGCAACGAGUUCUUCUGCUACGACCUGUCCAUGACGCCCAUCCAGAGCAGCACGGAUGAGAUCACGCUGUCCUUCCGUACGCUGCAGCGUAACGGCUUGAUGCUGCACACGGGCAAGUCGGCCGACUACGUGAACCUGUCGCUGAAGAGCGGCGCCGUCUGGCUCGUCAUCAACCUGGGCUCCGGGGCCUUCGAGGCGCUGGUCGAGCCCGUCAACGGCAAGUUCAAUGACAACGCCUGGCACGACGUCAAGGUCACGCGGAACCUGCGUCAGCACUCAGGCAUUGGACACGCUAUGGUGACCAUCUCAGUGGAUGGUAUCCUGACCACCACUGGCUACACCCAGGAGGACUACACCAUGCUGGGCUCCGAUGAUUUCUUCUACAUCGGCGGAAGCCCCAAUACAGCUGACCUGCCUGGCUCACCAGUCAGUAACAACUUCAUGGGAUGCCUCAAAGAUGUCAUUUACAAGAACAAUGACUUCAAGCUGGAGCUCUCCCGGCUGGCGAUCGAGCGCGACCCCAAGAUUAGUGUCAACGGUGACCUGGUGUUCCGCUGUGAGGAUGUGGCUGCUUUGGACCCUGUGACCUUCGAGACGCCCGAGUCCUACAUCUCUCUGCCACGCUGGGACACCAAGAAGACCAGCUCCAUCUCCUUCGACUUCCGCACGACGGAGCCCAGCGGGCUGCUAUUGUUCAGCCACGGCAGACCCCACGGGGGCAAGGAACAGCGUCCCGGCCGUGAGCUGAAGACAGACUACUUUGCCAUGGAGCUGCUGGAUGGGUUCCUCUACCUGCUCAUGGACAUGGGCUCAGGCAGUGUGAAAAUCAAGGCCAGCAACAAGAAGGUGAAUGACGGAGAAUGGUGCCAUGUGGACUUCCAGAGAGAGGGGAGGAAAGGAUCUAUCUCAGUCAACAGCCGUACCAUGCCCUUCAACUCCAAUGAGGGCAGUGAGAUUCUGGACCUGGACAGUGAUAUGUACCUGGGAGGCCUCCCUGAGACGCGGCAGGGCCUGGUUCUGCCCCCGGAGGUUUGGACGGCCCUGCUUAACUACGGCUACGUGGGCUGUGUGCGUGACCUCUUCAUCGACGGCAAGAGCCGCGAUGUCCGCCGCCUGGCUGAGAUCCAGAGUGCGCCUGGUGUCAGCAGCUUCUGCACCCGGGAGCUCCAGAAGAGAUGCAGCAGCACCCCCUGUGGCAACGGAGGAGUGUGCAAGGAAGGAUGGAACAGAUACAUUUGUGACUGCAUGGGGACCGGAUACCUCGGCAGCAACUGUGAGAUAGAGGCUGCAGUGUUGAGUUAUGAUGGUAGUAUGUAUCUGAAGAUCAUCCUCCCAGUGUCCCUGCACACGGAGGCGGAGGACCUCACCCUUCGCUUCAUGUCCCAACGCGCCUACGGCCUCCUGGUGGCCACCACCUCCAAAGAGUCAGCGGACACCCUGCGUCUGGAGCUGGAUGGGGGCCGCGUCAAGCUCACCGUUAAUCUGGAUUGUAUCAGGAUAGACUGUAACCUCAGUAAGGGGCCUGAAACUCUGUUUGCUGGUCAGAAGCUCAAUGACAAUGAGUGGCACUCUGUGAAAGUUGUGCGCAGAGGCAAAAACCUGCAGCUCUCCGUGGAUAACGUCACUGUCGAAGGCCAGAUGACCGGCGCCCACACCCGCCUGGAGUUCCACAACGUGGAGACGGGCAUCAUGACCGAGAGGCGUUUCAUCUCCAUAAUCCCGUCCAACUUCGUAGGGCACCUGCAGGGUCUGGUGGUGAAUGGCGUGCCUUACCUGGACCAGUGCAAGAACGGAGACAUCUCCUACUGCGAGCUGAACGCACGCUUUGGCCAGCGCCGCAUCAUCGCCGACCCCGUGACCUUUAGGAGCAAAGGCAGCUACCUGGCACUGGCCACACUGCAGGCCUACGCGUCCAUGCACCUGUUCUUCCAGUUCAAGACCACCAGUACAGACGGGCUCAUCCUCUACAACAGCGGUGAUGGAAGUGACUUCAUUGUAGUGGAGCUGGUGAAGGGGUACAUCCACUACGUGUUUGACUUGGGCAAUGGACCAUCUCUGAUGAAGGGCAACUCAGACAAGCCUCUUAACGAUAACCAGUGGCACAGUGUGGUGAUGUCCCGUGACACCAGUAACAUGCACACGCUCAAGAUCGACUCGCACACUGUCACCCAGCACUCCAACGGAGCCCGCAACCUGGACCUCAAAGGAGAGCUGUACAUCGGUGGUGUGGGCAAGACCAUGUAUAACAGUCUGCCCAAGCUGAUAGCAUCCCGUGACGGCUACCAGGGCUGCCUGGCGUCCGUCGACCUGAAUGGGAGAUUGCCAGACCUGAUCGCAGACGCCCUCCACAGAGUGGGCCAGGUGGACCGAGGAUGUGAUGGACCCAGUACCACCUGCACGGAGGACUCCUGCCAUAAUCAUGGGGUGUGUCUGCAGCAGUGGGAGGGCUUCUCGUGCGACUGCACCAUGACGUCCUAUGGAGGCUCAUACUGCAGCGAUCCUGGGACCACCUACAUCUUUGGGCGUGGAGGAGCCCUCAUCACCUACACCUGGCCACCCAAUGACCGGCCGAGUACGCGAGCCGACCGGCUGGCCGUGGGCUUCAGCACGCAGCUCAAAGAGGCCAUGCUGGUGCGGGUGGAGAGCGCCAAGGGACUGGGAGACUACCUGGAGCUGCACAUAGAGCGAGGAAAGAUUGGGGUCAUAUUCAACGUGGGAACAGAUGAUAUUGCUAUUGAGGAGAGUGGGGUGGUGGUGAGUGACGGCAAAUACCACGUGGUGCGUUUCACGCGGAGCGGAGGCAACGCCACGCUGCAGGUGGACAAUCAGCCUGUGAUUGAGCGCUUCCCCUCAGGUCGGCAGCUCACGAUUUUUAACAGCCAGGCAUGUAUUAAGAUUGGUGGUGGAGAGAAGGGCCGUCAUUUCCAGGGUCAGGUCUCAGGCCUCUACUACAACGGCCUGCAGGUCCUGAAGCUGGCAGCCGAGGGCGACCCCAACGUGCAGGUGCAGGGGAACCUGCGCCUGGUGGGGGAUGUGCCCUCCGUCCUGAACACGGACACCACCUCCACUACACCACUGGCAGACAUGUCCACCACAAUCAUGGAGACCACGACAACCAUGGCAACCACCACCACCCGCAAACAGCGCUCCCCCACAAUGAGAGACAGUGUGACGCAGAACACGGAUGAUCUGCUAGUUGCAUCAGCAGAAUGUCCCAGUGAUGAUGAAGAUCUAGAGGAGUGUGAACCUGGUGGAGGUGAACUAGUGUUGCCCAUUAUAACCGUGGAUUCCUUAGAUCCACCUUCAACACGUUACCCAGUACUCCCUCCUCCCCCAACCUACCGGCCCCUCCUCACACUGCUCGAGACCACCAAAGAGUCUCUGUCCCUGCCCCCUGGCCGUGGUCCCUGUCCCCUCGACCAAGAGGACUGUGAGGAGGCUGUGGAGGUCUCAGCUUAUGGCUCAGGCGAGAUGACCGAGUCGGACGACGAGGACUAUUAUAAAAACUUACCCCUCGUCACUGACCGGACAGUGCUCCCUCCACCUCCGGCGGCCGCGGCCGAGAACACCCGCGGUGACCGACAUUUCUCCCGCCUCCCCAACUCCCACCGGCCACCGCUCACGUCCACCCCCACAGCACGUCCCGACCAGCUGGCCCGACUCAAACCUGGCAACAGUGGCCCCAAUAUCCCGGCUGGCAAAAUGAACACCCGGGACCAGGUGCUCCUGCCUCCGGCUCAGCCGUCCGGGGAUCCAGAGCUAGGCGUGAGACAUAGACACAUCCCCGACAUAACCUACCCUCCCAAUUUCCCCCAUGUCCCCACCACAGACCCCUCAUCCCCAGACCGAGGGCCCCCUGGAGCGGUGGAGGUGAUCCGAGAGUCCAGCAGCACCACGGGGAUGGUGGUGGGCAUCGUGGCAGCGGCGGCCCUCUGUAUCCUCAUCCUCCUCUACGCCAUGUACAAGUACCGCAACCGUGACGAGGGCUCCUACCAGGUAGACCAGAGCCGCAACUACAUCAGCAACUCGGCCACGCAGAGCAACGGUGCAUUGGUGAAGGAGAAACAGCAUAGCAGCACCAAGACUGGCACCAAGGGCAAGAAGAACAAAGACAAGGAGUACUAUGUUUGAGCUCAGGUGUGACAGGAGCACAGGUAGAGGAAAAGAAGAGAGAGAGAGGGAGGGAAGGGGGGCAAGACUGGGAGACCAGGCAGUUUUCCAUACUUUCCGAUCUCAUAUUUUGAGCAGUUUGAUUCCUCUGCUUUUUCACAAUUUCUGGUCGUUGUCUUCAUCCCCAAAACAAGCUGAACGUAAGGGGUCAGAGAGAGAGAGCGACUUUUCUCCCUCUAUCCCUCUACUGGGUGACCGAGAAGUGAAAUUUGUUUCUCUUCCAUUCCACCUUUUCCACACUCUUUUUGGCUUUUUGUAAGUACCACAUCAGUCUCGGGUCUUUAAGGUCAGCACCUAACUUGGUGUUGCGACACCUGUUUGUGCCGAGCUGAGAGGAGUUGUCUGUUCAAAACCUUACUGGUGAGUUUAGCUGUACCUGAUGUUUACAGUUUCCACUCCAAAGACUCUUAAGUCUUGGACAUUUUUCAAAAUUUUUGCAGACAAAAGUCACAGUAAUUGGUGUAGAUGAUAUUUGACAGAUGGAGACCAGAUAUUUCUACCAUGCCAGUCAGAAAUACUGCCACACCCACUCUGUUAAAUCUUCCUCUCUCUUCCUCUGCCUCUCUCUGUGCUGCAGGUAUUCACAUCUUACUUCUCUCUCUCUUCACUCCUUUAAUCUCUCUCUCUUCACUCCUUUAAUCUCUCUCUCCAUCUUUGGCUUUGCCGCUCCUCUCCUUGUCUGCAGUACUAAGGAGCCUGAUGAGAAAUAACUCCUGCUGUGUUUCAAGCAUGUAGUAUUCAUAAACAAAAAAGUGACAAAAACUGUUUGUGGAGUUCAAAAAUAUAUAUACAUCAAAAAAGUUGCAAAGCGACUAAGUAGAGAAAUGUGAGAACCACUCAACAUCCAUGGUUGCUCCACCUACAAGCUCCAAGGCCAAACCAGUGGCUCUCCUUCAUACCGCCAGAUAUGGACACGAUUUCUGGGGUUUCUCACUGAACCCUGUUGGGGAUUCUGAUAACUGCUCUAUAUGUGAAGAACAAAAACAAACAUCUCACUGCAGCAAACUGACUUUGUUCUAUAUAAAUAUAUAUAUUAUAGACAUUUGAGAAACACAAGGACCUCAGAGAAAGGGAAUGGAAUGUGACUGCUGGUUGAAACAUCCGUCCACUGCAGUGAGGUGGUAGCGGACCACUGCAGUGAGGUGGUAACGGACCACUGCAGUGAGGUGGUAGCGGACCACUGCACUGAGGUGGUAGCGGACCACUGCACUGAGGUGGUAGCGGACCACUGCAGUGAGGUGGUAGCGGACCACUGCAGUGAGGUGGUAGCGGACCACUGCAGUGAGGUGGUAGCGGACCACUUGGUGUUUGAUGUGAUUCACUCCCCCUCGUCGCCUCCCUGUGCAUUUCUGGAACAAACCCCAUUCAACACAUCUGUGGAAAAGAAAAAGAAACCCUGCAGAAAUAAUGGAACAGAUCCUAUGGAGCAGAGUGCUUGAACCUUUUGUUUGUUUUUCUUUUAUAUUUUGUCAUAAACAAAAAGGAAGAUUAAAUUAUAGAAACAGUGAGUCCUGUUGCUUUGGCAACAAGGAAUGAUGGAGGUUCUGGAAGCGUGUUCUGACUCGUACAGGAGGCAAAGCGGUACUGUAUCAGUGUGAACGUCUAAUGGCCGUUAAUAAACCAAUAAAUAGACCAACAGCAGCACGACAGCCGAGGAUGAGGACCUGUUAAUCUGAGGAUUUUGGACUCUAGUAUUCAGAUUUUCUCAGCUCAACUAAACAAUGAAAAGAAAUCAAAAAAUAUUUUAAAAAAAAGUUUGUGAAAUGUCUAAAUAUUUGAACCCACUCCCACUGCUAAGAUUAAAACAUGUUUUCCCUUAAAACCCUCUUUGGAGAAAAAAUGAAACAAAUUGAUAUAUUCAUCUUUUGUUCAUUUGUUGAAAAGAGAAAAAUGUAAUCUGGUUUACAAAACAAAUAUUACCUUAACAAAAGUGGGUUUUUCUCAUCAGAAUAGCACAGUCAUCUGCAUCACAGUGUCUGUCUAAGUUUUAGAUGAUUGUCUCUCCAGACCGUAACCCUCCACUCCUCUCUUUUAGUCCUGCGGUUUUUGCUUCUCUGUUGCUCUGAGAACUUGUCAGAGAGGCAAGUGUGUGUGUCUGUGUGUGUGCAUGCGUGCGUGCAAGUGUGGGUGUGUACGUGUGCGUGCGUGUCUGUGUGCAUGCGAGUGUGUGUGGUUCACCAUUGUCAUGAUUUCUGCUGGCGUCUGGUCUUGAUGCUCCACUGCUGAGACGCCCCAACACCUCCCUGUUCUUUCUAAAUGUUCUUGUAAAGUGUUCCAGUGAGAUGAACAUAAAUAUGUGUAUAUUAACAGAAGGGAAUACAAUUGGUUAUACACUUCUUA